UUGUGAAAGUGGCCUGACGUCACACUCCCACAAUGCUUACCGCCCCAUAACUCCGCUGCAGCCUGAGGAGAGCCAGACACACUCUCAGGCCCCGAAUUUAGAAAAAUUAUUGAAAAAAAUCGGGAAAAAUAAUAAAAGGACAGAUCGAAGGGAGAAAAGAGCGGAGAGCGGUGGCGUGGGUUCUCCCACGGUGGGUUUCUGGUCCGGUCCGGGAUGGAAGGUUACCGGGGCUCCAUGUGAAAUUGACUAAUGCGGUGCUGGAAACUUUUUUGGACAGUAAAGAUGCAGAGCAGUAUUUCCCACUCACCGCCAACCAUAGCUGUUGGGACUGGGUGAGGAGGUGGAGAGAUAAAGAGAGAGAAGGAGAGGAGCGACUGAAGCAGAGAGUGAGAGACGGAAAGUGCAACAUAUGUGAAGAAGUACAAGUUGGAUUUUAAUAAACAGGUAAAAAAACAAAAAAAAAUGAAGUGUUCAACGUCGCUUAAAAAACUUUUGAACAGUUUGAAAUAAAGUUUUUGUAUCUCACCACAGACUUUGGUUCACCUCGAUGUGUCUGCUCAACCACUGGCCCUUCCUGUGAGUUGUUGGUCACCUUCUUAUUUUGACAAACCCCCCCUGCCCCCGCCACUUUCCACGUUGAGCCUGCAAGGCAGGGGAGCCACGAGUGGAUUUUCAUGGCAGCGGCACUCUAGGGCUGCCAUGGCAGCUGCUGCCGCCGAUGCCUCACACCGUAUUACCGCACUGACGCCGGAGGAAGAGGGACGACGGACUGCCGCCAAGCUGUUUGGAAGCGCCGCCCCGCUACCACGGACAGAGAGAGAGAGAGAGCGAGAGAAGGGGAAAGAGAGAGAGAGGGAGAGGGAAGAAGAAGGAGGAGCAGAAGAGGUAGGGAGAGUGAGCGGGAACGAGUGUUUGGUGUGCGGGGCCCUGUUCGCCUCACAGGAGAAGCUCCGGCUCCACGCCUUGAGUCACACAGGAGAGAAACCCUUCCACUGCUCGCAGCCACACUGUCCCAAGGCCUUCAGCUCCAAAUACAAACUCUUCAGGCAUAUGGCCACACACUCUCCACAGAAGACCCAUCAGUGCUCAUUCUGUGAGAAAAUGUUCCACCGCAAAGACCACCUGAAGAACCACCUGCAGACCCAUGACCCCAACAAGGAGGCCUUCAAGUGUGAAGAGUGUGGGAAGCACUACAACACCAAGCUGGGAUAUAAGCGCCACGUGGCCAUGCACUCUGCCACGGCGGGGGAUCUCACCUGUAAAGUGUGCAUGCAGAGCUACGAGAGCACGCCUAUUCUCCUGGAGCACCUCAAGAGCCACUCGGGGAAGUCCUCUGGAGGAGCCAAGGAGAAGAAGCACCCGUGCGACCACUGCGACCGCCGUUUCUACACACGGAAGGAUGUGAGACGACACAUGGUGGUCCACACGGGCCGAAAGGACUUCCUGUGCCAGUACUGUGCCCAGCGCUUUGGCAGGAAGGACCACCUGACCCGCCAUGUGAAGAAGAGCCACUCACAGGAGCUGCUGAAGAUCAAGACGGAGCCUCCUGACAUGCUAGGUCUUUUAGCUUCGGGGUCACCACCUUGCUCUGUGAAGGAGGAGCUUAGCCCCAUGAUGUGUGGCAUGGGUCCCAACAAAGACCCCAUGAUGGGUAAACCCUUCCCCAGUGGUGCCCCUUUUCCCAUGGGCAUGUACAACCCCCACCACCUUCAGGCCAUGUCUAAUUCUGGGGUGGGUCAUCCACACCCGUCCCUGAUGCCCAGCUCCCUGUCUGCAGCUAUGGGCAUGGGCUCCUCCGGCUCCCCAGCAGCAGCACCAGCCCAGCAAGCCCCCAAAUACCAGCUGGGAUCUACCUCAUACCUGCUGGACAAGCCCUUGAAAGUGGAGAUGGAGAGCUUCCUCAUGGAUCUGCAGAGCGGCUUGCCAGGCCCAGUUCCCUCUGUGGAGCCCCACGCUGCUGCUUCGCCCCCCAAGGAUGGACUGGAGCCCACCUCGGGCCUGGCGGAUGAGCUUUGUGGGGAUCACCUCCUGUCCAAGAGCCCUGCGGUGAUCGCUGAGUCUCUGUGUGCUGCUAACAUGGACUUCUCCCACCUGCUGGGCUUCCUCCCCCUCAACCUGCCUCCCUACAGCGCCCCCAUGAGCACGGGAGGACUGGUGAUGGGCUACCCCUCAUCCGCAACCCCCUCCUCUUCUUCCUCCUCAUCUUCCUCAUCUCUCCACGCUGCCGAGCCCCAUGCCGCAGCAGUCGCCGCGGCAGCAGCUGCCGUCGCCACGGCACCUCUUACCUCUUUGCAACCGCAACCUCAGGAGCAGCAGAGCUCCAGCGGGGGUCUGGGCCUUGGACCCCUGCACCCCCUCCCACCAGUGUUCAGCUCCAGCCUUAGUACCACCACACUGCCUCGCUUCCACCAGGCCUUCCAGUGAGAGAGCCAGCCCCUCGGCCCAGCCUCAGCUCAGCCUGGAUAUUUCGGGCUGCGGUUCUUUACAGGGCCUGAUCAAACAGUUGGAGAAUUAGAUUAAAUAAAUACACAAAUGAACACAUUGAAGCCUUAAAUGAAAGCGCACAAAAGCUUUUGAUUGAGCCUUAAAAGGAAGUUAAAACCCCUUUGAGCAAAAGGAAAAGGUGAGAAAAGAAGUUGAAACAGCUUUUAUUUGGGCUUUCUUUCCUCUAUCCUAUAGUUAUAAUGAUGUAUUAACCCAUCUUUUUUUUUUUUUUUAAAUUUCCAUUUACCCUUUUUAUCCCCCCUUCCAUUCCCUAUUUAGUAGUAUAGAGGGCAGGAUCAGUAGGCCAA